ACCUGUCAUUUCAAAAAAAAAAGUAGACUUCAACUGUCGUUACUGUCAUUUGUCAAUAUCUCAGUAUUGUUUAUGUCUACUGAAUUUGUAAGUUUUACCAAAAGUAUUAAAAUAUAGCUUAUUUAAACUAUAUUUUAAAUAUACUACAAUCAUGUCGACGGUUUCAUCUUCAGCUGUUGAAUUAAGUUCAUACAGGGACCAGCAUUUCAAGGGUAGUCGAGCAGAGCAGGACAAGUUAUUAAGGCUUUCUACGACGUUGUACGUAGGAAACCUGUCAUUUUACACUACAGAAGAACAAAUUUACGAAUUAUUUUCGAAAUGCGGCGACAUUAGGCGAAUCGUGAUGGGUCUGGACAAAUAUAAGAAAACACCGUGUGGAUUUUGUUUCAUCGAGUAUUAUAACCGCGAAGAUGCAGAAAAUUGCUUAAGGUAUAUCAACGGGACAAGAUUGGACGAUAGAAUAGUACGAACAGACUGGGAUGCGGGUUUUAUAGAAGGCAGACAAUACGGAAGGGGGAAAACCGGUGGACAGGUAAGGGAUGAGUACAGAACUGAUUUCGAUUCCGGCCGAGGAGGAUACGGUAAAAUAACUCAACAAAGAAUAGGACCUAUGGAAACGCCUAGUUAUUUCAGAAAAUAAUUUGUAAUGCGUGAUUAAAAUUUAAAAUGUAAGAAAAGUUUAUAGUUUUUAGUAUUAAUACGAAUUUAUGUAUGUUUGAUAAAUUAAAAGAAUCCAAUUAGAAACACCUACUAUAGAUAUUGUGACUUAUACAAAACAGAACCAUGGUAUGUUCCUAGAAGAAAGAUUUUACUAUCUUAAUUUUAUUGUUUAUCUAAAUAUUUAAUUUAGAUAAAUUUUACUCAUAAUUUCUUUAAACAAAUUGAUUCUAGGGAAUAAAUUA